UGUGGGAACCCAGGAACACCGCGUAACUCUCAGAUCCUGUCUCAUGAUGGCCUGGUGUUUUCCCGCUCCAUCACCUACACCUGUCGAGACGGUUACUACUCCAACGGACUGCUCACACGCCACUGUACAGUUAACGGGACCUGGACCGGGAACAUGCCUGAAUGCACGGUGAUAAUGUGUGGGGACCAGGUGUGCCAGCUAAUGGUUUGAGGCUGGGCAGUGACUUCACCUAUAACAGCACUGUGAGUUUCCAGUGUGCCCAGGAUUCACUAUGGACGCUGACCGCGCUUCAACCCUGGUCUGUACUAAGGACCGCACAUGGAACGGGACAAGCCACAAUGCAGAGCUAUAGUGUGUACGACCCUCCUCCCAUCCCUAACGGCCAGUUGGUUGGAACAGACUUCACCUGGGGCAACAGCGUUAGUUACGCUUGUAACCAGGGUUACCAGCUCUCCCUGCCCACCGUGCUCAUCUGCCAGGGAAAAGGCGUCUGGAACGGAGAUAAACCACAGUGCUUC